UGUACUGUACUGUCAUUCUUUCUUCUCCGCGACGGACUGCGAAAUGUCUGAAUUUUCUUCGACUUAUUUACGAAAAAUUUUGUCAAUUUCUUUUUUUGUGUAUCUUACUGUGUAAUUAUCGACCUAUGUGAAAAUGGCUAUUUGCCUACGUACCUUUACACAUAAAAUUUUACCAAUAAAUGGGAUUGUUUCUACAAAAAACCAUAGCAACCGUUUGUCCCGGAAAAUUCCAGUACGAACACAAUUUUUAGAAAAUUGCCUGAAUAAUCGGCGUAUAUCUAGCUACCAGGUUGCUCCAAAAUGCAGUACAGAGAGCAAUAUAGAUAAUAUCUAUUUCCAUGAAUUAGCCGCAGCACAUGUGUGUCAUGUUGUAGAACAGAACACAAAAUUUAGUACAUUAGACACAUUCAAACUGGAAGGCAAAGAUGUCGGUCAUGACAAUGACAUAAAAAUAAUAAAACAUUUGGAUCUAACUAACGAUGACUAUAUUGAACAGAACCAGCACUCAUAUAAUUUUAAUGAAUUAUCCUAUAGCAGUUUAAAUGAAGUAGAUUUAGCAAAAUGUAGUAAUGAUGAAAUAGCCCCAACUUGUCUGUCCGAUUUUGAACGUGAUGCUGUAGCGUAUUGCAGUGGCCCCACAUCACCUUCGGCGGCGCCCGCACCAGGCACAGAGCCCCAGGAUGGCAAGCCUAGUGAAGAGCAGCUUAUGAAAGUGUUUCAUGUGCUCUCUACCACUAUGCCCAAUUUGUUUGUCAAGCCUUUAGAUUAUUCAAUAUAUCAUCCAAAUUUAGUAUUCAUAAACAAUAUUAGAGGGAUGACAACUGUAGGUCUUUUCCAUUAUGUAAAGCAAAUAGCAUUGUUACGUACCAUAGGACAUAUAAAAUUUGCUUACGUUAAUUUUGAAAUAUUAAAGAUCACUGCAAAUCCAGAAGAUUCAUCUGUCAAAAUGAGGUGGCGUGUCAAGGGCAUAUCUGGCUUAAAAGUAUUUUUCAUGUUUUGGAAAUACAAGCUGUGGAACAUGAAAGAGGUGUUUCGUGACCAGGAACUAUGGUAUGAUGGGUUUUCGACAUUUUACGUUGGCGCCGAUGGACUUAUCCAUAAACAUAUUGCUGAUAAGGUAAUGCCUGAUCAAGACGCAAUUAUAGAUGAUGAAGAAAAAGCUCCAAUCGCAGCUAAAAUAGCACUUCUCAUUGGGUUACUUCCUCGAAACUACCUUUCGGAUGUGUCUCCAUACUUUAGUUCAUCAUCAGGCACGGCUGAUAAAACUGCUUUGCCUUUCAAAGUUCUGGAAUAAUUUCUGUUACUGUGUAGUUUAAUAUCACAAUAAGCUAUUAACCAAAUAUUGAUAGCAACGGAACUACAGAUUUUACUACGAUAAAUGUUAUAUUUCUCUAUUUCAAUGUCAGAGGUCGAAUAUCAUUCUUAGUAGCUGAGAGUAAUUUCAGUUGUGGCAUAAGUGAGAUACAAGAUAUGUAUAUUAAACGUUCACGAAGCUAUCGCCAUUUGGUUGUUAGCUUUUUAAUUGUAAUUACCACAAAUAAUGGCUGUUGCUAACAUGUAUUUUUAAAAACACUUUAUUGCUGUUUCAAAUAAAUAUUAUAGAGGCAAUCUGGCAACAUUGUUGCUGUUUCCUACCAUCGAUUGGUAGCUAGUACUAUUUCAUAUUAUGUAGGUGUGAUAAAAAGGUCUUUAAAAUCAUUAAUAUGUUUUGAAUGGAUAGCAUUUUACACAUUAAAUUAUUACAUUUUUUCUGUUUAAUAGUGAUGAAAUGUGUUAAAUGUUUAAAGAUAUAACUUUAAUAUUUUAAUUGUGGCUCUUUUUGUUAUCUAUACGAAUAAUUUCGUGAAGAGUGAUAUUUAUUAGACAUGUGAUCAUUUUAUAUUAGUUUGUAUAGUUAUGUAUUUCGGUACAAUAAACCACGUUGCAAUUA